CAGAAUCUGUUAUUUUAGUCAGAUAUCAGCUUGAGAUUGAGUUUGUAAUGUGUAUUUUAUAAUUCUGUUGGCAUAUUGUUAUAAUUGGAAAAAAAGUAUGUUUUAUUCUUAACUACAUAUAAUCAUAAGUACUUUUUCGAAUUUUAGUGUCUCUAAUUACAUAUAAUAUACUGGUGUUAAACAAACUGACAAUAAAAAAAUGUUUGUAACGGAGGCUACAAUCGAUUCUGGACGAUAUACUACAAAUUCAAAAUCCAUCGAAUUCGGUCCCUGGCAUAUAUCGUACGAUAUUAGUUGUAUAUUGCCGAGCGUGUGUUCUACUAAAGUUGUUUGUGAACGAAAUGAUAACCAGUUUUGUCAAUUUUGUAUAUACUCGAAAGAACUAAGCCUGCCACAUUUUCCUGAUAUGGUAUUUCCUAAAAAUGUUUUGAACUUGGAACAUAAGAGUGGUACUAAGAUCCAGUUCACCCCAUUGGAUGCUCUACGCAGAGUUUCCAGUAAAGUACAAGCUAUUGAAGUAGCUUGUGCUGAAGCUUGGCUGGAAUCAAGACCAGAUGCAGCAAAACCGAAGAAAACAUUUGAUUGGACCUUCUCAACAGACUAUAAAGGUACUUUAUCUGAAAACAUCACCAUAGAGCCUACGGAUGAGACCAUAAAUUUUGAUCUGUUAAAACGUAAAGACCAAAUUCUCUUUUAUCAUGAUCUUACGCUGUUUGAAGAUGAGCUUCAUGAUCAUGGUAUUUCAAAGUUAUCAGUGAAAAUUAGAGUAAUGCCGUCAUACUGGUAUGUGCUAUUGAGACAUUUUUUAAGAGUCGAUGAUGUCUUAGUGCGGUCUCACGAGACCAGGAUGUUUCAUAUGCUUAACUCGGACUAUGUUCUACGAGAAUAUACCAUUAAAGAAGCAAGAGCGCAGGAUAUAAAUAUUCCUACUUCUCAAAUGAAAGAAGCUGAUGACGUCAUACCUAUUCUUCCAGUUAAAGAGAAAAUAAUGGAAAAAUUGAUUGUAAACUUGGAAAACAAUUGAUAGUGUAUUUUUAUGAUCUCAACUUAUAUAAUAUUAUGUCUAAGCAAUAUAGUUUUAUGUAUAAAGUGCUAAG